GGCGAUGACGGAUCCUCAUGAGCUAAACUAAAUAAAAUGACGUCUUGCUCCCCUUCCUCAAGCUCUCUUCUCCUCUCUUACUCCAAAGCCGUCGUUAAUUGAACUCUCUCCUCUUUACUGUAAUAUUAUUACCCUACACUGUAACCAUGGCCUCUCUCAUCCGCACUUCUCUGCGCACUGGACUGCGCGCCAGCUCCUCCGCUGCUGCGCCCUUGACUUUCACCCGCGGGAAAGCUACCCUGCCGGAUCUGGCCUAUGACUACGGAGCUCUGGAGCCCUCAAUCUCCGGCAAGAUCAUGGAGCUGCACCACAAGAACCACCACCAGACAUACGUCAACAGCUACAACACCGCUAUUGAACAGCUCCAGGAGGCCCAGGCAAGCAACAACAUUGCCGCUCAGAUUGCCCUCAAGCCUCUGAUCAACUUUCAUGGCGGUGGCCACCUUAACCACACUCUCUUCUGGGAGAACCUGGCCCCCAAGAAUGCCGGCGGUGGUGAGCCUCCUUCUGGUGCUCUGGCUACUGCUAUCAACGAAAGCUUCGGCAGCCUUGAGAACUUCCAGGGCCAGAUGAACACUGCGCUCGCCGGUAUCCAAGGCAGCGGAUGGGCCUGGUUGGUGCAGGACAAGCAGACUGGCAGCGUUGGCAUCAAGACCUACGCGAACCAGGACCCCGUUGUCGGCCAGUUCAAGCCCCUCCUCGGUAUCGAUGCUUGGGAGCACGCCUACUACCUGCAAUACCAGAACCGCAAAGCCGAGUAUUUCAAGGCUAUCUGGGAGGUGAUUAACUGGAAGGCUGUUGAGAAGCGUUUUGCUUGA